GGGAUUUCUGUGUCUGUCCCACCCCCUGCUCUGGUCAGGCAAGCUCAUUGUCUGGUUCACUGCUAUGUCACCAGCACCUAGGACAAUCCUUGGCACAGAGGAGGUGCUUGGUUAAUAUUUGUUGAAUGAAUAUUAACCCAACACCCAUUUCUUACCAGUUUUAUGGAUGGAAAACAAAUGGAGGUCAAGGGGUGAAGGAAAUAUUAAAUGUCCUCGGUCAGCAUCGUUCAGUACUUUGGUACUUUGGUUGUCUUUCCUUAGGAAUCUGGUCAGCAGCCCUGAACGGAGACCUGGGCCGAGUGAAGUAUUUAAUCCAGAAGGCAGUGGACCCUAGUCAGCCCGACUUGGCCGGCUACACCGCUCUGCACUAUGCCAGCCGCAAUGGACACUACGCAGUAUGCCAGUUCCUGCUGGAAAGUGGGGCCAAGUGUGACGCCCAGACACGUGGGGGUGCCACCGCUCUGCACCGGGCCAGCUACUGUGGGCACACGGAGAUCGCACGGCUUCUGCUCUCCCAUGGGUCCAACCCCAGGCUGGUAGAUGAUGAUGGCAUGACCAGUCUACAUAAGGCUGCUGAGAAUGGUCACGUGGAUAUCUGUUCCCUUCUGUUGCAACACAGCCCAGCCCUGAAGGCUGUCCGAGAUCGGAAGGCACGACUAGCAUGUGACCUGCUGCCUCACAACAGUGAACUGCGGGACCUGCUGGCCAGUUGAAUCACCACCCUUCUGUCUCAGGCUGCCGUGCAAGGGUACAUAGACUAGGUCUCCAAGCCCCAGCUUUGGUCAGCAUCCAUGCUGCAGGGUGGGAAAGUGAGGCCUGAAGACCCAGGAAGAGCCUGAUUUUGGCCCCUGGAGUGAUGGAGUAGAUUUGGGGGGCUGCAAGUGCUUAAGCCUGGACAGAUGACCCUAUUCUAAAUUAGUUCAUGUGGAAACAUCUAUCCAUUUGGAAAAAAUAAAGUUAUAUCCUUACCUCACCCA